GCUGCAGCUCGCUGCUCUUCCCGCGUCCGCUUGCACAUCCUCCUGCUCGAACGGUCCUGCUAUCGCCUGGUGCUGCCAGCCGCCGCUCAGACCGAGAAGUGAGCCACCUCCAGGAACUUGGUGGGUGCCGUGGCACCGGGGCGCGGCCGGGCUGCUGGCGCCGUGAGGUUUUAAAAUGGAACAUUUCGAUGCAUCACACAGUACCUAUUUCAGGGCAUUACUGGGCCCCCGAGAUACAAGGGUAAAAGGAUGGUUUCUUCUGGACAAUUACAUCCCUACGUUUGUCUGUUCUGUCAUUUAUUUACUCGUUGUGUGGCUGGGACCAAAAUACAUGAAGAAUAAGCAGCCAUUCUCUUGCCGGAGAAUUCUCGUGGUGUAUAACAUUGGCCUCACCUUGCUGUCUCUCUAUAUGUUCUAUGAGCUGGUGACAGGUGUGUGGGAAGGCAAAUACAACUUCUUCUGUCAGGGAACACACUCCGCAGGAGAGGCAGACAUGAAGGUCAUCCGUGUCCUGUGGUGGUACUACUUCUCCAAACUCAUAGAAUUCAUGGACACCUUCUUCUUCAUCCUCCGCAAGAACAACCACCAGAUAACAGUCCUCCAUGUCUACCACCAUGCCACCAUGUUGAACAUCUGGUGGUUUGUGAUGAACUGGGUUCCCUGCGGCCAUUCUUAUUUCGGUGCGACACUCAACACCUUCAUCCAUGUCCUCAUGUACUCGUACUAUGGUUUGUCCUCUGUUCCUUCCAUACGUCCCUACCUCUGGUGGAAAAAAUACAUCACUCAGGGGCAGCUGGUCCAGUUUGUGCUGACAAUCAUUCAGACGAGCUGCGGACUCAUCUGGCGGUGUAACUUCCCCCUCGGGUGGUUGUAUUUCCAGAUCGGAUACAUGAUCUCCCUGAUCACGCUCUUCACAAACUUCUAUAUUCAGACUUACAGCAAGAAAGGGGCCUCUCGGACGAAAGAGCACCUGAAGGGCCACCAGAACGGGUCCAUGGCUGCCAUCAACGGACACAGCAACAGCUUCUCUUCCCUGGAAGGCAGCGCGAAGCAGAGGAAGCAGAGGAAGGAUUGACAGGGCAGAGCCGAACCCUGCAGACCACGGCGUGUGAUUGUAAGCACAGUAUGAGUUGUGCCCCGACGCUCGUAACAGCUGCUCUCACUAUUCUGGCCUACUGUAGUGUGAUUUACGUAGGACCUUCCUCAUCAGUUCCAAGUCCCUAGAAUAUGUAUACAGAUUAUACAAGUAGGCAAACAACCUCUCACAUUUCUGGGCUCUCCUCGACCCCUGCGCUAGACUGUGGAAAGGGAGUGUUAUUGUAGUAUACGACACUGCUGUUGCCUUAUUAGUUCUAACAUGAUAGGUGCUGAAUUGUGGUUCACAAUUUAAAACACUGUAACCCAAACUUUUUUUUUUUAAGCGUAGACCAUGCAUGUGAUUGUGAAUGUGAAUUUGUACAAUGUUGUUAACAGUAGAAAAACACACAUGCCUUAAGACUUAAAAAAAAAAAAAAGCAGGGCCCAAA